UAUUUCACACACUUGCACACCCAAAUCGUGUGAGGCUUUAAUAAGCCAAAUAUCAAUCACAGGCCCUCCAUUUUAAGUUACUUGGGAAAAAGACUUAAAAUUUGAAAAGAAAUAACAAAAGGGUCAAGGGCUAUAGGAGCAGCCAGCAGCCAGCAGCCAGCCAUGACUGUGUCAACUUGUGUUUCUGCAGCCAAGAAUGGCAGAAUCCUCAUUGUUGGUGCUACUGGUUUCAUCGGGAGGUUUGUGGCUGAAGCUAGCCUUGAUGCUGGCCAACCCACUUAUGUCCUGAUCAGGCCAGGCCCUCUUGACCCUUCUAAGGCUGACAUCAUCAAAUCCCUCAAAGACAGAGGCGCUAUAAUCUUACAUGGGGUGAUUUCUGAUAAGGCACUGAUGGAGAAACUGCUAAGAGAGCAUGAGAUUGAGGUGGUAAUAUCCGCCGUGGGUGGUACAACAAUAUUGGACCAGAUCAUCCUGGUUGAGGCCAUUCAAGCUGUUGGCACAAUUAAGAGGUUUUUGCCGUCAGAGUUUGGGCACGAUGUGGACAGGGCUGAUCCGGUGGAACCAGGUCUCACCAUGUAUUUGGAGAAGCGCCAAGUCAGGCGGUGUGUUGAGAAAUCUGGGGUGCCCUACACUUACAUUUGCUGCAAUUCCAUUGCUUCUUGGCCCUACUUCGACAACAAGCAUCCUUCUGAGGUUCUUCCACCGUUGGAUCAGUUCCAAAUCUACGGUGAUGGCAGCGUUAAAGCCUACUUUAUAGACGGCGCUGAUAUUGGAAAGUUCACAAUGAAAACGGUGGACGAUAUCCGAACCAUGAACAAAAAUGUUCAUUUUCGACCCCCUUCCAAUCUAUACGACAUCAAUGGUCUGGCAUCUCUGUGGGAGAAGAAAAUUGGCCGCACCCUUCCCAGAGUUACCAUCACUGAAGAUGACCUACUAACCAUUGCUGCAGAGAACCGCAUACCAGAAAGUAUAGUGGCCUCAUUCACCCACGAUAUCUUUAUCAAAGGUUGCCAGGUGAAUUUCCCCGUGGAUGGCCCUCACGAUGUGGAGAUUGGGACCCUCUACCCGGAAGAAUCUUUCAGGACCUUGGAUGAGUGCUUCAAUGACUUUCUUCUCAAAUUGGAAGACGAGCAAGAGCUAGAGAAAAACAAAGUUUCCACCAAAACUACUGCAGUUGUUGAACCCAGGGCUGUCACUGCCACGUGUGCUUGAUCUACCCCAUCAGACUCUCUGACACCCAAGGCAUAUUCAUCUACUAUUUUUGUUUUUAUGUUGGUCUUAUUUCUCCUCCCCCGCACAAAAAGGACAUUUGUCCAACAAUUUGGGAGUAUUGAAUAUGUUAAAUUAGCAUGGAGGUUUACCAUCUUGUCCGUCCUCAGAGACACAUGCUAAUUUGAUUGUUUGGUUUCUUAGACAAGGAAACUGGAUUCCGUCUGAAAUAUUAAAGUAUCCAGUUUGUUAUGAUUAUUUCAUAAUUUAAAUGUACUAGUAUUAAUGUAUGAUUUUCAAGUUCAACCAUGCUUUUUACUACUAGUUACCAAUUUUACUUUGUCUGUACUAUUAUCUUUAUUUUACUCCAGCAAUAAGAAGGGAAAGAUGAAAUUGCCUA